UCUCCACAGCACCAAUCUGCAAAGGAGACAGCACAUUUCCCAGGAUGGUUCGAAGGAAAGUGGUGGCAGCUCUCCUGCUCCUGUAUAUGGUAGCCAUGCUGGCUGAACAGAGUGAAGGGUACACCGCCCUCUACAGUUGGGAAGACUUCAGAAGAAUGCAGGAGAGAGAAAGGAACCAAGCUCAGAAGAAAGCCUUAAGUGUGCAGCAGAGAUCAGAUAUGAGAGAGUUUUCUGAGCUUUCAGAAGAUGAAGGAGAGUUCAUGAAGCUGAUUGCUCCUGUAGAAAUCGGAAUACAUCUGAAGUCCAAACAGCUGGAAAAAUACCAAGAUGUCCUGAAGGAACUCCUAGCAGAGAUGUUACCAGAUACUCAGAACGUUAACUGACAUUCUGAAAAAAAACAGAAGACAAGUGAGGGACUUCCUACAAAUCUGCAAGAC